AUGCAAAGAAGCUCCAGAAAAGCUGAACCGAUGAAAAUUCAGGUACUGUUUCUCUUCCUGCUGUCUUUGUUGUGGGGGGCUAUCUCCCAGCAAAUCCAAUACGCUAUUCCGGAGGAGCUGGCCAGGGGCUUGCGGGUGGGGAACCUCGCCAAGGACCUGAAGCUCAGUGUCCAGGAGUUGUCAGCUCGAAAACUGCGGGUUAGUGCAGAGAAUUUCUUCAGUGUGAGUGCAGAAAGUGGGGAUUUGCUAGUGAACGGUAGGAUAGAUCGAGAGGAAAUUUGUGGGAGGAAAUCUGAGUGUGCACUAGAAUUUGAAAUGGUUGCUGAAAAUCCAAUGAAUGUUUUCCACGUGAUUGUUGCAAUCCAAGAUAUUAACGACAAUGCACCGCGUUUCACCGCAAAAGGCAUUGACUUGGAAAUCUGCGAGUCAGCCUUACCAGGUGUAAAAUUCCCUCUGGAUUCUGCACAAGAUGCAGAUGUAGAAAGUAACUCACUGAAGAUAUACACUAUCAACUCCAGUGAACACUUCUCUGUGAUAACGAAGGAAAGUCCUGAUGGAAGUAAAUACCCAGAAUUACUGCUGGAAAAACCUCUGGACAGAGAACAGCAGAGCUCCCACCAGUUAAUCCUGACCGCCAUGGACGGUGGAGACCCUCCACUAAGUGGCACCACCCAGGUCCGGAUUCAGGUCACCGAUGCCAAUGAUAAUGCUCCAGUGUUCAGCCAGGAAACGUACAGAGUUAGCCUCCAAGAAAAUGUGCCCUCGGGGACCUCUGUGCUCCAAGUGAUGGCCACUGACCAGGAUGAGGGUGUUAAUGCAGAGAUCACCUAUGCCUUCCUCAGUGCCCCAACAAGUACCAGCCUCCUCUUCAAUCUCAAUCCAAAUACUGGUGACAUUACAACCAAUGGUACAUUGGACUUUGAAAAGACAAGUAGAUAUAUGUUGGUUGUAGAAGCCAAGGAUGGAGGGGUGCACACGGCUCACUGUAAUGUUCAGAUUGAAAUUGUUGAUGAGAAUGACAAUGCCCCAGAGGUCACAUUGAUGUCCUAUUCUAACCAGAUUCCCGAGGACUCAGACCUUGGGACUGUAAUAGCCCUCUUUAAAGUGAGAGACCGGGACUCUGGGCAAAAUGGUCUGGUGACCUGCUAUAUUCAGGAAGACAUUCCCUUCAAAUUAGAAUCCACCUCCAAGAAUUAUUACAAGCUGGUGAUUGACAGUGCCCUAGAUAGGGAGCAGAUGGCGGAGUACAAUGUCACCAUCACAGCCACUGACAAGGGCAAGCCCUCCCUAUUCUCCAGUACAAGCGUCACCCUACACAUCAGCGAUAUCAACGACAACGCGCCGGUUUUCCACCAGGCCUCCUACGUGGUCCAUGUGGCCGAGAACAACCCUCCAGGGGCUUCUAUUGCGCAAGUCAGCGCCUCCGACCCCGACCUGGGGCCCAACGGUCGCGUCUCCUACUCCAUC